GUGGACCUUUGUCAUACAUUUUGUGCUACUGGCAUCCAGGACUUCACAAGGAUGGUGCACCACCUGCCUUCUCUGUUCCAAAGGAAAUUUAAAGUCAUUCUCUGUUUUCUGCUCCUUUUGGCUCUCCUGGUACACAUGGUGUUGGAUCUGACGCUCUCCACCGGCCUUGAUUCUUGUGGAUGUACCCGCAAAGGAGAAGAUCAACCUAGUCCCGUGUUAUCAGCCCAGAAUAAGUUAAACCUGAGGAUUCUCCAGGACUUCAGUGGUAGCAACAGCUCCCUGGAGAAAGGCGUUCACUCACCAGAAGGCGUACCACAUGCAGGUAGCAGGAGCAACAUCCCCCUCCAAAGUCACAACUUCGAGCCGAAAGAAGCAGAAGAAAAACCAACAUGGACAGGCAGGUCCAAACUGGCUGCGCUUUUCGACCAUCCGCUCUACAAGAUUCCAAUCCCAAAAGUUAUGAAGAAAGACAAGCUGUUUGCUACCAGACCGAAGGUGAAGAUGUUUGUGAGAAGUAGCAAUGAAUGGUGAGAGGCUCUUGGGGUUUUUUUCAUAGGGACAGCUGGGUGGCCCAUGUAAUUUGGUAUACAUCCUCUGCAGGGAUGGCAUUCAUGGAGUCAAACCCACUUCAUCAUAUCUGACAAAGUGGGCUUGAGUCCACCAAAGCAUAAAGGUAAAGGCACCCCUGACCAUUAGGUCCAGUCGUGGCCGACUCUAGGGUUGCGGCGCUCAUCUCGCUUUAUUGGCCGAGGGAGCCGGCAUACAGCUUCCGGGUCAUGUGGCCAGCAUGAUUAAGCAGCGCACGAACUGCUAGGUUGGCAGGAGCAGGGACCGAGAAAUGGGAGCUCACCCCUCGCGGGGAUUUGAACCGCCAACCUUCUGAUCGGCAAGUCCUAGGCUCUGUGGUUUAACCCACAGCGCCACCCGCGUCCCUAUCCACCAAAGCAUAUGCCAUAAUAAAUAUGUUCGUCUCUGUGAUUCUCUGUUACUACUUAAUAUAGGGAUACAUGUUGCUUUUUAUUGAGUUAGACCAGCAGGCCAUCCUGUCUACCUUUGAUGACUGUGGCUCUUCAGGGUCUUAGGCUGAGAUAUUGUCCUUAGAUAUGGAGAAAACAAAUUCUACCACUGAGUCCCUGCCCCUGCCAGCACUUUGUUGCCAUUUUCUGACCUCUCAAGGCAGCUGGGCUCAGAAUGUUGGCCUGCUGUUCAGUAAGCACAGCUAGAUAUACAUGGGGGCUCAAGCUUCUUUGCAACAUUUUCAGACAGGCCAUGCUUUCCAAUUAAAGCAUGCAAAGGCCUCCUUUCCAUCCCCUCACCUCAUAACAGCCAGCCAGUACACUCGGUCUUCACUGGCCUGCUUUUCUCCCUCCUCCACCCUGGGCUCUUUUUCCUAAAGGGUUUUUGUGUGUGCACAUUUGCAAACCUUGUGAUACCCCUGAAUAAGCGUGCUGUUCAUUCUAGUGCAUUGGGGGGGGGGGGACAGAGACCUGAUAAUUCUAUUCUCGCAUUCAUUAAUGGAGAAUUGCAAAACAAGAUGCAUAAUAAAUUUUUGGUCCAGCGUGAGAUCAUUCCCUCUUGCUUCUCAGUAGCCAGAUUUCUGUUACCUUCUGAAGCUCACUAGCCUAUGAUAAUAUAUGCAAUUGUUUUUGUGUAUUGUGUGGGGGGGUAUUGGAUCUGCAGGGCUAGCAACAAUAAGGCACACGAGAAGCUUCCAAAACACGAUGCCAACCCUGCUUGGCUCCGGUUCUACACUGGCAUCAAUCGCUAUGAACUGUAUGCCCGCCAUGACCCUGCUCGCCUUGCCACGAUGGAAGAUUUGGCCAUGCAGCCAAUUAUCAGCUCAGGUAUUCUGUGCCACAUUCGGGUCCCUCUACUGCUCAUACUUGCUUUCUUCUCACUUCACCCUGCCUGUUUGCCUUGGUUCCCCCACCCCUCACUCUUUCAAUCUCCACUUUUUUCUCCCUCUCAGUUUGACACCCAGCCUGUUAAACCAUCCUGACAAGAGUCUUGUGGGAAGGGGGAAUGAGCUGCUUUCUGGAAUGUUCUGCCUCAGUGCUAAGCACCAGAGCAGACUCUGUUAAUAUUUAAAUGCCAGGUUGUUUCGUCCUCAUUCUCAAACUGGGAAAGGUGGUGACUUGAGCCUUUUUCCUUCUUAAUGUAAUUUCAGUUCAAAAGCCUGGGGGGACACAACUGAAGCUGAUCAUGACCUUCCCCAACCAUGGACAAGCCCUCUUCAAACCCAUGAAGUGAGUAAGGAAGGCCAGCAAUCCUUUUAGAUGCCCUGUACCAAUAUCCUGGGUCCAAGUUCUUUUUCAUGUGUGGCAAUAACCUGUCGAUGGACUCCACCUGGAAAACAGAUUGUGCUUGGAACCUUCCAAACUUUGAGUUAAUUAGUUACCAGGCAGCCUCUGUGUAGCAAGAGGGUGAGGGUGACCCCUUUCAUGCCAGUUCUCCAAACAGAGCUGAAAGCAAGGCUGUGUUUGGACAUAAACCUCUGGAGCAACUGUAGUGAAGGCUCCUCCUUUGAUUACCACAUCCCUGGAGAACCAUCUCUGCCACCUCACACUCUUUAUUUAUUAAAUUUCUAUACAGUGGUACCUCGGGUUAAGAACUUAAUUCGUUCUGGAGGUCCGUUCUUAACCUGAAACUGUUCUUAACCUGAGGUACCACUUCAGCUAAUGGGGCCUCUCACUGCCACUGCGCCGCCACCAUGUGAUUUCUGUUCUCAUCCUGAAGCAAAGUUCUUAAGCCGAGGUACUAUUUCUGGGUUAGCAGAGUCUGUAACCUGAAGCGUCUGUAGCCUGAAGCGUCUGUAACCUGAGGUACCACUGUACCACCCUUCAUCUGAGGAUCCCAGGGCGGUUUGCAAAUACAAUAAUAUAACGUCACUGCACACUACCAAGUAUUGUUGACUGAAACGGAUGCUUUCCCUUCUUCAUUGCCCAGAUUCUUCAGCAAUGGCACAAGUUUAGACUCUGGAUUUAAUGGCCUUUGUAACGCCACAUUUCUAAGCAAACUGGGAUUCCAAUAGUCGUAGCCUAGUGGUAGAAGCGUUGUAAUACUGUCUCCUGAAAAUAUGGGAUCUUGCAGCCCUGGGGUUGGGUUAGGGGUGCAGUUCUUCCCUGGCCAUUGGCACUCACCACUGUUGCUUCGCUAAUAGUUAAAGCAAACAGUUUUGAUGGACCAUAAAGCAGGUGUUUACAUAGAAUUAAUUAUGGGAUUUGUGGACCAUCGUUCAACAACAGCCUAACAAUGAUGCAGCAUAAGAUAAACCUAGGCCGUUACUGUAGAAAUGGCAGAGAGCCAUCGAUCACCUUGGAUCAGUUUUAGCUCCCGCAGUAAAUGGCGAACUCAGCCCUCCAUGUUGUGGUUUGUUUCUGAUGGAGAGGUGCGACCUCUGGUGGUGAAAGAUGUGAAAUGUUGUGCUAUGUUGUUCUCAGUGGACUCCUCUCCCCUUUCAUUUAAGGCCACAAGAAUAUUGUUUCAGCCUUGGCCAGUGGUGCAGUUAGGCUGUUUUAGACUGGAGGACCUCAUAGUCUUACAUCCCUUUCCCCUUCUUCAGAUGAGUAAUGUGUAUCGUUUCACUUGCUUCAAAACCAGGGCAACUAUUGGAGGUGGGAUGAGGGCUUCCUGCUCAUUAUACUGAAAUGGGCUCUAGACUUCUGUGUCAGAGUUCUGCCUCAAUUGCUCCUAGUUUGCAUAGCUAGGAUUAAAAUUUCAGGGCUUCUCCAGACAGGUGGUUUUUUCCCCUUGUGGGUGUAUCUUGCAGUAUUGACACAAUAACAGUGCAUUAACAGUGGGUUUAUAUUGGGCUGACCACAGACCAUUCCACAUUAUUAGUUGUUCCAUGAUGCUUCCACUACAUUGUUGCAUUAUUGCUGUCUGAAGGGACCCUCUUGCACUACUAUAGUGCAACUAAAACAGGACACACACACAAGCUGCUCUGGAACAUUUAUAGUAUAAAAGGUUGCAGAAUUUCAGCAGGACGUUACAGGGCGUGCACCAACUGGAAACGGAGUGGUAUGUCCAUCCCUGAAACUAUUGCAGGUGCAAACAGUAUUGAAAACAGAAUCGUGUACGUAAAUUUGAGCACAAACCAUCAUGAACACCCAACAAAAGGGAUGGAUGCAGUGUGCAGAGUGACUAUGAGUUGCAAAAGACGUGUGGGCUUCAGUUCAACACUCGACAAUGAACAUCUUUGAUAACCCACCACAUCUCUUCUUGCCCUCUCCCAAGGCAAACCCGAGAUCAGGAGACUCCAGCAGAUUUCUUUUACUUCUCAGAUUUUGAACGGCACAAUGCAGAAAUAGCAGCCUUUCACCUCGACAGGUGAGUCCAGCACAGUGCACUCUCCUGUCCUGUAGGGUGCGGCAGACUCCUGCCAAAUAUUAUCAUUAUCAUUGAUUUAUCAAUUCUAAACAACCAUCUCAAGGCAAUUUACACUAAAGAUAGUGUCCAAGACAAGUAUUAGUGUGAAGCAGAAAAGACAGGGCUUUUUUCCAAACUGAUUGUAUGUUCUAUGAUAACGAGCAUUUGUGUAGGAUUUGUUGUCUGUGUUUAGAGUGUUUAUUUGGUCCAGCUGCAAACAGAAUUUGUUUCAUUCUCCUAUUUUGCUCAUUUCUGGGGAGGAUCCUGGAUUUCCGAAGAAUUCCCCCCGUUUCUGGCCGUUUGGUGAAUAUAACCAAAGAAAUCCGUGAUAUCACAACGGACCGUAAACUGUUUAAGACUUUCUUCAUCUCCCCAGGUGAGCACUCUGUCCCCUGUUUAUCCCUCCUUCGUAAUAUGAGCUCUACCAUGUAGAACAGGUGUGGGGAACCUAUUGCUCCCAAAAGUUGGUGGACAGCAGCUCCCAUCAUCCCUGAUCACUGGCCAUGCUGGCUGGGACAGAUGAAGGGGAGGAGGCCAACAACCUCCAGAGGGCCACAGGUCCCUCAGCUUUGGUGUAGACCGACUGUGCUAGCCAUGUAAGCUAUUCUCCCCUCCUGUUAUGUUGCUUUGCACCCACAAGACCAUAGCUGUCAAGCGUCCCUUAUUUGGCGGGACAGUCCCUUAUCCCAGCGCCAUGUCCCGCUGCUGUCCCUUAUUGAUGAUGUCCCUUAAAUAAGCUACUGAAGGUAAUGGGGCCCUUUCUAUGUCCAGCUGUCCUUUGUCAACAACAAAUUGUUGCUGUUUUUGUGUUGAAUAUAUGCUAUAUGGUAAUUUAUGGACCUAAUAGGUAUCUAAAGCCAUUUGCACGCAACAAAAUAUGUAUUUUAUCAAAGUAAUUGUUGAUCCCUUAUUUUGGCUGCUGAUCCCUUAUUUUUGAGGCUGCUGGUCCUUUAUUUUCAAAUCUGUAAGUUGACAGCUAUGCACAAGACAUGUGGUGGCAUGUUGACGAGCUGUUGGUAUUCCCUGACUUUUGCUUUCCUCCAUUUUGUGUGGGUCAACCCAGCCGGCAACGUCUGCUUCUUUGGCGUGUGCUCCUACUAUUGCUCCACGGAACAUGCUUUAUGUGGCAAACCAGACCAGCUCGAGGGCUCAAUGGCAGCCCUCCUGCCGGACAAAGAACUGGCCGACCGGCGUUCAUGGAGAAGCCCCUGGAGGCGUUCUUACUCCAAGACCAAGAAAGCUCAGUAAGUAAGCUCAGGUGCAGAGGGAGGACCAGUAUUGAAUGAGAGAUUGUGAAAAGCAAGUUCUGGAUGAAGAGAGCCAAAGGAGAAAACUGAUGAGCCAGGACAGCCAAAGACUGAGGAAGCAAUGUAUAUAUGUCCCUAAACUGGGGCUGCCCUAGACAUUGACAAGUCUGCAUGGGGUGCUGAAUCUAUAUUCCCCCAACCCUCCAAUUUAGGUGACACCAUCAAACUUCCCCAUAUCUGUUGAGCACUUCUUAGCUUGCCUUUUCUCCAUCACUUCUAACUAGUUCUUAUGUGCACAAUGUAGCUGUGCUCUGUGGUGGUGAAGUAAACCAACCAGAAGAUUGGUUCAGAGGCUCAUUCAGGGCUGGUUGGCUCUGUCAAUAUACUGGAAGGGUAGCAGGAAUUCCUGAAAUGAAUAUGCUCAUGGGAUAAUAUGAAAUGGUGGUAUUUCUAUGAUUUUAUGUUGCUGGAGCCACACAGAAUGGCUGGAGCAACCCAGUCAGAUGCGUACAAAUUUGGGGUACAAAUACAACAACAACAACAGAUUUCUUAUGCAUUUAUUUCAUAAAUACAAUACUGCUUUACUGUAAAUGUUUGAAAAAGUAGCAGUACAAGCAGGAAGAAUUAACUCCCCCUUAGCUAGGGGGUGAACACAUGCUGAUCUGUUUUCUGUUGGAGGCCAUCUCCUGAGUUAUUUUUGUUUCAAGCUCCGGAGCCAUUGCUGCUCCACAACCUUGACUCUAAAAGCCAGUGCCACAAAACUGCAUUACAUAUUCAACUCAAGAGGCCCUGACUCUGCUGUUUGUGGUCUCAAAGAGCUGCAGCUGUACCUGAAAAGGCUCAAACAGAAUUUAUGUAAUCACACUUAGCAUCUGUGCCUUGUCAGGGUGAUGGAUACGUUGACAAACGAUGAGAUGACCUGGGGGAGCUAGGGAGGCUAUAAGGAAGGGUGGAGACAGUUAAAUUAAAGGUUUCUCCCCACCAUAUGCAAUUAAGGAUAACCUUUCAUGACUAUCUCUUCUAAGGUGGGAGUCAGAUGAAGAUUACUGCGCAGAGGUACGACAGACGGCACCAUAUGACAACGUAUCCCGACUCCUCAACCUCAUCGACAUGACUGUGCUUGACUUCCUUAUGGGUGAGCUUCGGUACAUUUCCUCCUGCGAGCUGUGCUGCAUUUGGGGAUGGGACCAUGGCUUAGGGGUAGAGCAUCUGCUUUGCAUGCAGAAGGUCCCAAGUUCAAUCCUUGGCACCGGCAGUUUAAAAAAAGGAUCACAGAAGGGUGCCUUAUACAGAGUCCGACCAUUGGUUGCAGCUCUCCAGGAUUUCAGACAGGGCUCUCUCCCAGUACAGUGGUACCUCGGGUUACAGACGCUUCAGGUUACAGGCACUUCAGGUUACAGACUCCGCUAACCGAGAAAUAUUACCUCGGGUUAAGAACUUUACCUCAGGAUGAGAACAGAAAUCGUGCAGUGGUGGCGGGAGGCCCCAUUAGCUAAAGUGGUACCUCAGGUUAAGAACAGUUUCAGGUUAAGAACAGACCUCCGGAACAAAUUAAGUUCUUAACCCGAGGUACCACUGUACUACCAUGACACAGCAGGAUUCGAACCUGGGACCUUCUUUAUGCCCCUCAGAGCAGGCAGUCCUGGGAUAGAUGGACAAAAAGUCUGAGCUGCUUCCUGUGUCUCCCAGUUUCUGACUGCUACAACCCUUCCCUUUGUGUCAUUCCAGCCCUUUAGCUCAGCCUUUAACAGAGAGACUUUGCCUCAUUGCAUUUUAUUCUUAGGCGCGAUGGAAACUCAGCAGCGCUGAGAGUUCCUGAGAAACAAAUUAACUCUGUCUGCGUACAUCUGCCUGCCAGCCAGCUUCCCCGGAAUAAGCAUCUCUCGCUGUGCAUUGUGUUAAUAUACAUGACUAGAACACAACCCGCUAAGCAGAUUGAGUUGCGUUUCCCGUUGUUUCAUUCUCACCUGUCUUUUGACAUCGCUUUAUUCUCCGGCGUACCUCAUUUCAUGGGACCAUAUCCUUGCACCUUCCCCCCCCUCCUCCAAUCCAAUUUUGCACAUUGGAUGAAGCAGGUUAUUUGCCAGUGAAAACAUGUCACAGUGAGUCAGGGAAGGGCUUGGAUCAUGAAGUUAAUGAAGGAAAAGCUUUUGGUCUCCUCCUUCUCCCCGAAGCCACCUCCACCCUUCUCAAAAAGCCUCUUUUAGAGGGUCAGGGGUCCUCCUGAACAAUGUGGGGUUGGCACAGGGGUGGGAAGGGGCUCCUGGGGUCAGAGGUGGGCUGGGAUAAAGUGACCAAUAUGAUGCCCCCAGACACUGUCCUUGGCGACUGCCGAGGCCUGCUGACCCUCCCAUUUUUUAUAUAUAUUUUUUCUUCUCGUGUUUUAUUUAUUUAUUUAUUUAUUUAUUUAUUUAUUUUAUUUACUUUCAAACCAACUUGUAAUUUUAAAAAAAUGAAAAGUGGUAAAUAAAUACUUGAACUAAUUAAUCACCACCAUCAUUUGGUGUGUUGUUCAUUGCCAGAUUUUUUUUUCCUGUGAAGUGGGUAUUUUCUGGUGCACAAAAUAGUUUCUUAGAUUUCCCAGUGGAAAAGAGUGUGGGAACUUCAGAAUUAAAGAGCACAUAGCCUCUGUUCUUGAUCAGCUACAUGCCUUAUAUUCUAAAGAUUCCUCCCCCCUCCCCCCCUAUAUACAAUGUGCUGCCCUGGGCUCCUUUUGGAGGAAAGUCAGGAUAUUAAAUAAAUAAAUAAAUAAAUAAAUAGGCUUUUAUAAUGUUCUCAUCCCUACUCUAUCUCUUUCCUCAAUUUGACAAUACCAGCGGCAGUUCAUCUUAAGUCUGUGCCACUCACAGCAUUUUAUUGGGGGGGGGGGGGUUGCAUCUGAUUUGCCCACCAUUUGGCUAUGGUUUAACAAGUUACAUAACCUGGAUGGAUUCCCCUCCUUUCAUCCUUUUGUCAUCGGUGCCAAUAACUUAGGCUGAUUUGUUAUUUCUGUCCUUGAGAUCACUUCUGCUCCACUUAAUACUUCAUAAUUACUUCUGCCCUAUCUAACAGCUUUCAGGUUGCACCCACUGACCAAUUAAUAGCUGGGCAUUUCAUUCAUUUAUUUAUUUUAUCUCUCUGCUGAGGAUAGUUCAAGAGUUCGGGGGUGGGUGGGAGGGAAUAGGCUUCCUCUAUAAUCCUAAACAUAGGUAAGAGCCACUGGGCUAAACAGUCAUGCCUUACACCCAAAGAAUCCUGGGAACUGUAGUUUGCUAAGGGUGCUGAGAGCUGUUAGAACACUAGUCCUCUCACAGAACUACAAUUCCCAGAGUUCCCUGGAAGCCACUCUCUUUUUAAUUGGCAUCAGAUGAAGAGUUUUGAUGACCUCAGGCUGUUUGAGCCUUUCUAGUUUGCCUGAAUAAAACACAGGGCUUUUUUCAGCCAGAACUUGCCGGAACUCAGUUCUGGCACCUCUCAGGUGGGUGCCGUUGCCAUGAGGGAGGUGUUUAUGGUGAGUUCGGGUAUCUCUUUUUCUAGAAAAACAGCAUGGAAUAAGGAUAUUGCCUGAUAAUUGCCGUUUUUUCUUCUUCAUUUGGUCUUGGAAUUUAUAUCCUGACCCAAGAUCCUCUCAGGGUGGACUUCUCUAAUACCUUUUUCCUCUUCUUCCUCCUCUGAUUUCUGCUGUCUGCCUCCUCUUCUAUAAUUCUUGUCUCCAUAUGCAGGAAACAUGGAUCGCCACCACUAUGAGACCUUUGACAAGUUUGGGAAUGACACUUUCUUCCUUCAUCUGGACAAUGGCCGAGGGUGAGAAUGCAACAUGCUUCCCUGGGUGGGCGAGGGACUAGGGGAAGCUUUUGAGCUCUGUCCUACAAUGAUCUGCAUUUUGAAGAAAGGGCUAGGGUAUUCCUGCUUCAGGCUGUUAUUUGAGAUGAGCUGCUUUUCUGGGAGUGAACUCUGAAAGCAGGAACUUACAAGACAAGGAUCUAAAGCAGGCAAGAACCAGAGUAUAAGGUGGCCCUGUGGCAGGUUCGUGCUGAACUGCUCUUAGCAAACCAUUAUUUGACUAUAUCAGGCAGGGCCAGUCCUACUGUAAGGCAGAAUGAGGCAGCUGCCUCAGACAGCAGGUAUUGCAGCCCUGGGAAAGUGGCGGGAUGUUAGAGGGCUGAACUAUGCCACAUGGCCUGCACUGUACCUUCCAAGUUAACCUGUUGUCUUCAGAAUAUCGUUAUUAUGAUGUUUGUAUCCUGCCUUUCCUCCUCCCCAUUUUAUCACCCAACCAACUCCAGGAGGUAGGCUUGGCUGAGACAAUGACUGGCCCAAGAUUACCCACUGGGCUCCAUGGCCGAAUUAGGAUUUGAACCUGUCUCCCAGAUUCUAGUCCAGAACUCUAAUCACUACACCACACUGGCUCUCAGACGUGGCAAAGGAUACUGCCCAGUCGCCAGUGUUGAUGCAAGAUUUGAUUGCAAGCCCAGUCAGCUUUUGUACAGUGGUACCUCGGGUUACAUAUGCUUCAGAUUACAGACGCUUCAGCUGAAAGACUCCACUAACCCAGAAAUAGUACCUCGGGUUAAGAACUUUGCUUCAGGAUGAGAACAGAAAUUGUGCCCUGGCGGCACGGCGGCAGCUGGAGGGCCCAUUAGCUAAAGUGAUGCUUCAGGUUAAGAACAGUUUCAGGUUAAGAACGGACCAUACUUAACCCGAGGUACCACUGUAUAUGGAAUUGGGGAGCGAUGUUAUCUUGUUCUUCACCACAGGUGGUGAAGUGUCUUGGACUUGACCUGUUGGAAAAGUGCUCGAUGGCUGAUGUUAAUGACAACCCAAAUAUUCUGAUGAAGAAAUGCAACUCAGUUUUAACGCGGCGGCGAUGUAAUCAAAAGCUCUUUUCAGCUGACCCAAAGAUAUUUGUCUUUUAGAAGACUUCUUAAAGUUCCCAGGAAGCCACAAACUUUAAAUAUGCGGACAUACAAACUUGACACACUUUGGAGAAGAUGGCCUUGUAGUUUGUGAUACUUUCAGAAUUGGGUUGUUGUUUUUUAGGAACAAAAAUCUCUAUACCUUAACAGAAAGAAAGGAAAAUCCUUAAAAUUGUAUAGAUAUUUACUGAUAACAAUUCAAUAUGUGGGAGGGGGGACAUUAACUGGUCUGGCUGUCCUCCAACUUCCCCAUUCCAUACCAUUUACUCUUCCCUUCCAAUGUCCCUUCCUGAUAUAAUUAUAGGAUACCCUGAAUAUAGCAAAUGACAGCUAGCGAGUACAAAGCUGUUUCUACACAGGGAUGGAAAAGUUGUAGUUCUCCAUCUAUUGUUGGACUCCAGGCUCCCAUCAGCCCCAGCCAGUGUAGCCAGAUGGUCAAGGAUGAUGCCUCUUAAUAGUCCAGCAACAUCUGGCGGGUCACAUUCCUGCUCUACACCAUUCUAAUAUCUACCAAAAUAUAUUAAUUCUGCAGGGAAAGUAAACUUUGCAACAGGAUCAUGAAUACAGCACUGCACAAACACACCUAAUCUACAUCAUUUGCAACAUUUGGACUUUUAAAUACCAAAAGAAGUAUUUAUUGAGCAAGAUAAAUACUCCCGAAAUAGCAUCUCCCAAAAAUAGAGAAACCAUCUGUGCCUUUUGUUCUUCUCAGGUUCGGGAGACACUCCCAUGAUGAAAUGUCCAUUCUGGUUCCACUUCAGCAAUGUUGCAUGUAAGGAUUCUUUUCUCCCAUCUUGUUUAUACUCUGUCUUUGGAGGGGAUAGAAUUAAGGAAGUCUUAUUAUUUUGAGGUGGGUAAUCUUUUUGGUUCUGUAGGCCAAACUGAUCUCAGUUUUUAGGUUAAGGAUUUCCCCCUGGCCAGAUUGUAGUGGCAUGGAAGGGUGUGGGUUUGCCAUUUGCCUCCUCUACAUAAGCCCAUGCACGUUGUCCACCACUGUGCUCUGCUGAUGGCAUAUUGUGUAGGCCAGGGGUAGUCUUCCAUAUGUUUUGGACUACAGCUCCAAUAAUCUCUGACCAUUGGGCAUUAAUCAAAAGCAUCUGAAGGGCACCACAUUCGCUACUCCUGGUUAGUCAUGAGGGGCUGGCCAUUGGACUUGAUGGCCUCUCUCCCAAGCCUACAGUUCUAUGAAGUGGCUCUCAUCUCAGCUAUCUGAAGCAUGCAUGCCUAAGCUAGUUCCCAGCUAGUUCUCAGCACAGCGCAACUGAGGAUGCAGGUUCAUUUCUGCCAGAAGCCAGCUGAAAUGCCCACACUCUGAGUUAGAGAAAGCCUACUCAGCUACUUCCACCACCUCCCGAAGCUAGAGGGAGAUGCAAGUACUUGUGGUUAAAACAAGGAGCCUUUUAUGUAGGGCAACAACUGAGGAAAAAUUUUAUCAGAUAUGAAAACAGACUCAGCAUUUCCUCCACCCUGAAACACUUGUGGCAUGAUACUCUUGCUUUCAGGUUCGGGAUAAAUAUGGAAGAAAUUAUUUGGCAAGAACCCAUAAUGUUUGUCGUUAGUCUGACCCUACAACUUCUUGCCCACUCUCACCCCUGCCUCUGAUGUGGUUCUGAUAUCCCAAGUCUGUGCAUGUACUAAUGGAAAUGCUCAAUGUGACAUUUCUCAUGGUUUAAAAAUGUUGUCCUUCCUCUUCCUUGAUUUUUUCCUAUUGCUGUUGAUGGAUCCAGUAUAAAAAAGUCAACAUUCAUGCGCCUCCAACUGCUUGCUACGGAGCCUUAUCGCUUGAGUGAUGUCAUGCGUGAGUCCUUGGCCACUGAUCAGCUGUCACCAGUCUUAGCGGAGCCUCACUUGAAGGCACUGGACCGCCGGCUCCAGAAGAUAUUAGACAUGGUGGAGGACUGCAUGAAGAAGAGUGGAGAAAGCCAGGAAGUCCUGAUAAAUGACUUAAAAGGACAGCAGUAUACAUCCUCAGAGCUGCGAGACAAGAGAAGUAGCGCUGCAUGAAGGGGAUGGACCCCCAGCCUAUUCAAACACACCUCUUUACUGCUACCUCUUACAUGCAAGCCUUGCCAUAGGGAAGUCACUCAUCAUUCUGUGCUACAGUGUGGACAUAAAGGGGUUAGGGAGCAACCAAGGGAGAAGGGAACGUGGAAUAUCUUAAAAGAACAAGAGGGAGGUCCUGGAAGCAAAACUUGGACGAAGUAUAAAAGGAGCAUUCAAGCUCUUUAAUUGUCUUGAGACUUGCAGUGAAGCCUUGGAAGCCUGAUGGGCAAGCUGUGGUUUGAAUGGAAGGAUAGUUAAAGCAGGGGUAGCCCACAUGCUGCCUUCCAAAUGUUGGUGGACUACAACUCCCAUCAUCCCCUGACCACUGGCUGGAAGUGAUGGGAGCUGGAGUCUAACCACAGCUGAAGGGCAUCAUGUUGGCAACCCAUUCAAGUUAUUAAUGCUUAGCGGAGCUUCAUUUCUGUUCCUUUGUAGAAUUUCUUUGUAGCUAUAGGAAAGGAAUGUGCCUUCUCUCCCUCCUUCCCGCUUCUCAGAGCAAUCUAUACAGCCAAGAAUCUCUCUCAUAUUUAUUCUCUUGCUAUUUAUUUUGAGCCAUUUGCAGUGCUUUGGGCUUCUGUAUGGAAGCGUGAACUCUGCCCAACCUGCCAUUGUUAACCAUGUUAGCUUGCCUGGGGAUGAAAAAGAAGUGAGACUAUGUGCGCUCGUCUUGAUCUUGCCAGGUGUUGCUAACAUGCUUUUCAACCCACUUCAGUCCCUGAUUGAAGGUGCCAAUAAAUCAUAGGCUGAAGGGACUUCAGGCCCCGUUGUCCUAAGAUACUGAUGCUGUGAGCAAGUUCAUUGCUGCUUUUAUCCACAAGGCUCCCUGAUCUCUACUUGUGAUCAAAGAAGAGAGGGCAACAGUACUAUGGGCUAUGCAAAACUCUAAGAGUGCCUAGAAGCAGCAGUAACAAAAGCAGCCUCCUUUCUCAUAAAACAUUGCUCCUAGACCAAGGUCCAUCUAAUUAUUAUCACCAUCAUCAUAAACUAUCACCACCACAGCGGUUUUUUCCCUUGGAAAAGCAGCAUAUAAAUCAUGCAGUCAGCCCUAUUGGUUUAUUUGUAUGCUGCCUUUUCUGGGGCAAACCAUUCCCAAAGUGGUUCACAGUGAUGUCAGAAUAGAACACAAUAAUAAGAAAAUGCAUGAAGCACAACAAAAACAACUACUGCAGGAAGCUGCCAGAUACCAAACUCCUUGUCCAGGAAUGUCUGCUCUGACUGGAAGCAGCUGUCCAGGGUCUCAGUCAAAGAAAGUUAUUUUAUGUCAUCUCCAGUGACCUGAUCUUUUUAACUGGAGAUGUCAGAGGACUGAACUUGGGAACAUCUGCGUGCAAAACCGUGGGCUGCAACCUGUCCUGCUUGCAUAAUGGGACUUCCUCUCCCAGGCUUCUCACCGUGUGCCCCCCCCACCGUGCCCCCAAUCUGUUCUGGUGUUUCCCCUAACCCUCCAGAGCAGAUCUGGGGCUUCUACUGAGCUAUAAACCCUCCCCAAGCAUUUCAGUCAGCUGUUCAGCAUUCUGUUUCCCCCCACAGUGGCCAGCUAGGUGGAAAUAACAUGUACUCUGUAGGAAGAUCAUCAUGUGUAACAAUUGCAUGUGUGGCACUCUCCCUGUGAGUUAUAGACACACUGAGAUCCCACAGGCAGGCACAGCUUCCCAGCCUAUGGACAUUCAGGGGAAAACCUACUGAAUCAUAGAAUUGCAGUGCUGGAAGGGACUACGAGGGUCAUCUAGUCUAGCCCUGUGCAACGCAGGAAUCUUUUUGCCCAACUUCAGGGCUCAAACCCACGAUCCUGGGAUUAAAAGUCUCAUGCUAUACCGACUGAGCUAUAUAUUUAAGCCUAUGUUGUUAAAUGUGAUGAUCUGACAUGUGACUGCCCAUUAAUUAAUGGAUGGGCCUUCUGUGUAGAAAUUUUGUAAUGUAUAAAGCAGUUCCGAAUGUGAAAAGUAUAAGGAUCUACAGAUCUGGGCCAGGUCCGUGCCUGUGUAGAGGCCACUUGCGAACCCCUUGCACACUGCUUUUAAUUCUAGGGGGAAAAGUCAUAGUGCACAUGUAACAAAGCAUUAAAGGAAUUACAAAUUAUUUCAGUAAGGUUUGCAGGUCCUUAGAGAAGCCAAGAGCCAAGGCCAUAUUGCCUGCUGCAUAUGUCAGAGUGCUGGUGUUAUGGUUAUUAAACUCUGAUCCCGUCCAAUUUAUCUGCUGUUUCUCUCAUUAUUUUCUCAAAAUAAAGACUGAAGCGCCCUAAUGAGAGAAAGCACCCUUGGCAACAACCUCAGGAACAAUGAGCCCG